AGGUGGAAACGAAGCAACAAAGGGUGGACAAUAUGUCGCCGAUCGGAGUGUCUUCAAGUCUCCUAGUUCUUCUUGGCUUACUGCUGGGAAAAUGCAGUGCCCAACUAAAAAGUGGCUGCAAGAUUCAAGAACUGCGAGACUGCGGGUCCGACUACGUGGUGUAUAGCAACACCACAAGGCUGGCAGAGGGUGGGCAGGAGUUCGAGCACGACUGCAAGUUGUACCUGAAGCAGAUCGAAUGUUCGAAAAAAUUUGGCGAGCGAUGUCUGGAAAACAUCGCCCGCGUAGUGACUAUGCUGGCUUUGAACGCCGCUGAGGAGGACUUUGAAGCCGCCUGCACCGAGGGCAAUGACCGCAACCAACUGUACAUGUCUAGCAUCAAAUGCAUGAACUCCGUUGGGUCCAAACUGAACGUGUGCAUCAAGAACCUCUACGAGGGUCUGCAGACAGCCGUGACCAGCGCACAACGCGAAGAAAUCGUCUACUAUUCCUGCUGCUCGUACCACAGCACGGUUGACUGCGUCGAAGCAGCGUUGGCCGAGUGCGACGAGCCAGACUCGCCGGCACGCGAGUACAUCACCACCGUCAUGGAUCGAGUCUUCGGCCAAGUACUGGGCCUCGUCUGUGGACCCUACUCGCGUGGAUCUUCAAACUGCCAAGAGCAGCCCCCUCUGCCACCUCUGGCUGCCAACGUGGCCAGGACACCCAGUCUGGUCGAGCUUGCCAUCGAGGUUGCCACCUCGCUCCGAAAGAAACCCUAGACAUAGCGUUCAAUUAGCAUACCUUGUACACGUUGAAAAUUGUGGUCGUAAAUUGAAAUGAUACGACCCGUUCGAAGCCAACGUUUCAAGCCUAGAGCAUUUCGCAUUUAUUAUAUUUUGUUGCUAUAAUCCUAAAGGACACAUUGUCGAAGGCAGGGAAAAACGGGUUAUCUUCGUAAAGGGAAAUGGUACCAAGUAAUUUUGAUAAACUAUGAGUACAUUAUAAAACAUCGGGCACUUCCACUUUUUUUAGACAUGUUCAGAAAAGCAUAAAACAUACUGUGCAAUUUUGUGUAUAUAUAUAUACAUGAAGGUUUACAUGAGCAGGCAACGUUAUAUCAGUUUUUUAUAGGUAAUCGAGAUCCGUCACUGAACACCCACGUGCCUGCAUGUGUGCUUCAUUAUUUCUUCAUCUUACAUCAUGCCAUCAAUCUGACACCCUGCUUCCACUACGACAUAUUGAUUCCGGUGCUGAUUUUGUUGCCUUUGUACACGAGUCCAAUUAAAAAAAAAAGUGGUCCAGGAAGAAAAUUUGCCUGGAAACCCGUAGCCAUGAAUUCAUGAUGAUGCCAUAUCUACCUUCUACCUCUCACCCCACCACACAAAAUUUAAGCUGUUAAUUGGCACGUUGGAAAGUUGCCUAACUGGUUUUCAAUAUACUGCUAAACACGAACACUGACACAAGGAAGGCGAAUGUAACUGCGAAACUUUCUUUUUUCAAAAGUGUACUUGAGGAGAGAUUAGUGUACAAGUCGGUUUCCUGGCCGCUUGUCAUUUCUUACAAGAUGGUUAUCCCACCGCACUGUCAUUAACUAAAUUGCCGAUAAGAGAACUAACGAGUACAGCUUUAUAUGUGCACUGAAUGUCCCAGCGUUACUGUACAAAAGUUCACGCAAUGGCAAAGUUUCCGCAAAGGAUAUAUGUUCAAACUUUCGAAAUACAAACGUCCGCAACGGAAAAGUUCAACCCUCUUACACACACAAGUUUUUUGCGUGCUUUUAUUUUCAGUGCCCCAGACACAGUUCUUUCGUCCGAAUUUGGGCGGUACGCCAUACCUUUUGAGGAAAAUAGAGUUUGACAAACGUUGAUCGUGUACACCACAUUCCUCUUGUCUUAGAAGUUUAGUAGCCUACCUUAUAAAUGAGGGUUACAGGUUUUAUAUUGUGCAAUUACAAGUACGAUCACAGUACCCACGUAGAAAAACGAUGCUGUAACUUCUUUGUGUUGGCUCUCUUGCUUUCAUUGCCACUUGUUAUAUUGUUUAUGACGUCAUAUCUUUGUUCUUUGUACUCCUGCCGUUCACUCACGUGCAAACGAAGAAAGCCAUUUGUCUUGUCAUGUCCCAUUGCGAAACAUGUACGGUCGUGCGCGUUCUUCCAUCUCAUCAUCCAUCACCGCCGUCUAUUCACCAGUACAACCGCACUAUAUUUGUGAUUCCUGUAACUAUGUAGACACUUUUCCUGAAUAAAACAUGACACUACGU